AUGGUAUGUAAUUAUUUUACAUAAGAUUGGAAUAAUUACUAAUAUCAUAUUAAUGGUUUUUUUUUGUAAAAUUGUGGAUCAAAUAACGUAGUAAUCAUUGAAGAUUGCGUACACUAAGCCUUUAAUAGUUUAACAUCAAAAACUUUUGAGCUUCCAUCACAUGAUUUAAUCAACCUGUCAUUUAGACUUUGGAUGUAAUUAUAAAAUUAUUUAAAUAGGAUAUACUCUGUUAACUAUUCGUUCUAUUUGUAUGUUGACAACUAACUUUAUCUUUUAAUCUAACCUUCACUACACAGUUUUACAAACUAUUGUUCAUCAUAUGGAUCAUAUGAAAUAUCUGAAAAUAUCGUUCACUAAAGUUCUUCAGUUUAAAUUACAAUGGUCUCUGAUUGGUAAUCAUGGGGAUUUUCUGAAUUUAAUUUAAAUGCCAUAAAUAUUACUCAAAAGAUUUGGGAAUUAGCUUAUUAAUCGCUUAAUCAAAUAGUUUUCUCCUCCAUAUCUUUAGAAGAUGGAUGGAUGACUAAUGGCAUAGCUUCCUAAUAGAUAUAACAAUGUACAGGUAUUAAUAAUAAAUAUAUAUAGAUUUCAAUUAUUUAAGAUCAACAGGGAAUUAUUUUAUUAAAGAUUUCCUUUUGUAGGUUCAUAAUAAGAUUAGUUUGAAUUUGAAAGUCUUAAUAUUCAAUAAAGCUUCACCAAUAAUAUAAUUCAAAAUUGAUAACUAAUUGUUAAUAACUCAAAUUUCAAAUUCUUAUGUACUAUCUUCAGUUAUAAUAUGCAACAACUUCACCGUCAUCUAAGUAUAAAUAUCAAACUUUGCACAUAAUAAUCAAAAUCUGAGAAUAGAGAUUACAACUUCAGUAGAUGUCACUACUUCUUGGUUUGGAAUAAGAGAUUUUUCAUUAUUUACUGAUAUAAUUGAAGAUUAUUAAUGUAAAGACCUUAAUAUUUUACCAUUUGAUGGAUGCUUCUCUAAUCAAUACGAUUGUAAUUAGGGUUGUAGUAAUUGUGUAAAAGGAAUCUGCAUGAAUUGUUUAGAUGGAUGGUAUUUACACACAAAAAAUACUUGUAUUCCCAUCUGUGGUGAUAAUAUUUUAAUGUUAAAUGAGGUUUGUGAUGAUGGUAAUUCUCUCCCAUAUGAUGGUUGUCAUAAUUGUUAAUUUUCGUGCCCAUUAAAUUGCAUUCUUUGUGUUUUUGGAACUUGCUAAUAAUGUGAAUAAUCCUAUUUUUUUAUAUAAAAUAGGUGCAUAUCUGAUUAAUAGAUUAGAGAAAACUUUGUUGAACAAAUACAAACAGAUUUUUUUGAAAAUAGGAUUAAUUAUCUUGAAAAAAAUGACUUUCAAUCUGAAAACCUUUUUGAACAAUUAGAAACUGGAUUUUUCAACAAUUGGGCUGAUUAUCUUGAAAAAAAUGACUUUUAAUGUUAUUAAAACCUUGUUGAAAAAUUAUAAACUGGAUUUUUCAAUAAAUGGACUAAUUAUCUUGAAAAAAGCGGAGUUUAAUGUGAAAACUUUGUUAAACAAUUAGAAGCUGGUGUUUUCAACAAUUGGAUUAUAUAACUUCAAAAAAGUGACUUUUAAUCUGAAAACUUUGUUGAACAAUUAGAAACUAAAUUUUUCAACAAUUGGAAUAAUUUUUUUGAAAUAAUUGGCUUUUAUUGCCAACCCAACUAUCAAUAAUAAUCAAUACUAAAAUAAUAUUAAUAGUAUAAUUUACUUCAAAAUAAUUAUUAUGGAUUAGACAUAGUUUCAAGUUUCUCUUUUUGUUAUUUUUCCGAUUUCUAAAUUAUUUAUUAUUUUUAAUAAGAUAGUUAAACAGAAUGUAAAGAAGAUUAUAAAUUUUCACCGAACAAAAGAUAAUGUACUUAAUCCUGCAAUUGCUAAGAUUUAGUUAGCCUAUAAAAUAAUAAAUGUUAUAAUUGUAUGUAAAAUUGCUCGUUAGAAUGUUUAAUGUGUAUUUAAGAAAAAUGCUAUGCUUGUCUUGAAGGAUGGCAGCUAGUUGAUAGUAAAUGUUAGCAAAUAUGUGGAGAUAAUUAAGUUGCAUUAUAUUCUAAUGAAUAAUGUGAUGAUGGUAAUCAGAUUAUUGAAGACGGAUGUCAUGAAUGUUAAUUUUAAUGCGGAUUAUUUUGUUAAUUUUGCGAUAAGGAUAUAAACUGCCUCAUAUGUGACUUAAAUUUUUAAUUGAUAAACAAUAUAUGUCAACCAAUAUGCGGUGAUAAAAUAGUCAUUAGCGGAUUAGAGGAAUGUGAUGAUGGCAAUGAUAUCUAAUAUGAUGGUUGUUUUGAAUGCUAAUUUUAAUGUAGUUUUGAUUGUAAAGUUUGUGAAUCUGGUAAAUGCUAAGAUAAAUGUAAGGCUGAAGAAGAAUUUCUAAAUGGUUAAUGUAUUACAAAGGUUCAAACUCUUAAUCAAACUAAAGAUAAUGAACCUGAAUCAUAAUAACAAUAAGAAUUAAAAAUUGUAUGUAAGAAUAAUUGCUUAGUUUGCGAUGGAGAUCUUUGUUUAGAAUGUUAACCAGAUUAUAUUUUGGAAUAUAAUAAGUGUCUCUCAUGUGGAAAUGGAAUUAUUAAUUAAGAUGAAGAAUGCGAUGAUGGAAAUAGGAUUAAUUCUGAUGGGUGUUCAAAAUAAUGUAAAAUCGAAGAUGAUUGGAAUUGUAUCGGCUCCUUUUCUUUUAUUAGUUAAUGCUUCCCUAUUAGUAAAAUUUCUGUUCUAUUCUUAAAUUCAACUCUUAACACGCAAUACGUUAAAUUAUCUUAUACUAAAGAAGUUAAGCUAGAUUAAUAAAAUAUAAACUUUUUAGAUUUUAAUCUUAAUUAAAUUAACAUUGAUCCUACUUAUUAUAAUAUUAGUAUUUUUCCUGUAAUAGAAAUAGUCUCAAAUGAGACUCGAGAUAUCAAUUAUGAAUUAAAAAUUGAAAUUAAUAAGCAACUCUCACAAAACCCAAUUUUGGAUGUUAAGGUCGAUCUUAUUUUAUUUGAUGAAAACGAUUUACCAGUACCACCAUCAUCAUCAUAAAUUGUAUUAACCGCCCCUUUAGUUUUAAAUCAAGCAUAAGUAGAAGUUUCUCAGAAUUUCUAAAAACUUGGUUACAAUAUUAUGCUUGCAUUAGGAAGUUUCGCUAUUUUUGCAUUCCUUCUUGGUUCUCCCUAAUAAUUUUUAGAAAUCUUAGAUACAUUAUAAUUUUACUCAUAUUUGAAGUUUAUAAAUGUANUAUUUUUAAUAAGAUAGUUAAACAGAAUGUAAAGAAGAUUAUAAAUUUUCACCGAACAAAAGAUAAUGUACUUAAUCCUGCAAUUGCUAAGAUUUAGUUAGCCUAUAAAAUAAUAAAUGUUAUAAUUGUAUGUAAAAUUGCUCGUUAGAAUGUUUAAUGUGUAUUUAAGAAAAAUGCUAUGCUUGUCUUGAGGGAUGGCAGUUAGUUGAUAAUAAAUGUUAGCAAAUAUGUGGAGAUAAUUAAGUUGCAUUAUAUUCUAAUGAAUAAUGUGAUGAUGGUAAUCAGAUUAUUGAAGAUGGAUGUCAUGAAUGUUAAUUUUAAUGCGGAUUAUUUUGUUAAUUUUGCGAUAAGGAUAUAAACUGCCUCAUAUGUGACUUAAAUUUUUAAUUGAUAAACAAUAUAUGUCAACCAAUAUGCGGUGAUAAAAUAGUCAUUAGCGGAUUAGAGGAAUGUGAUGAUGGCAAUGAUAUCUAAUAUGAUGGUUGUUUUGAAUGCUAAUUUUAAUGUAGUUUUGAUUGUAAAGUUUGUGAAUCUGGUAAAUGCUAAGAUAAAUGUAAGGCUGAAGAAGAAUUUCUAAAUGGUUAAUGUAUUACAAAGGUUCAAACUCUUAAUCAAACUAAAGAUAAUGAACCUGAAUCAUAAUAACAAUAAGAAUUAAAAAUUGUAUGUAAGAAUAAUUGCUUAGUUUGCGAUGGAGAUCUUUGUUUAGAAUGUUAACCAGAUUAUAUUUUGGAAUAUAAUAAGUGUCUCUCAUGUGGAAAUGGAAUUAUUAAUUAAGAUGAAGAAUGCGAUGAUGGAAAUAGGAUUAAUUCUGAUGGGUGUUCAAAAUAAUGUAAAAUCGAAGAUGAUUGGAAUUGUAUCGGCUCCUUUUCUUUUAUUAGUUAAUGCUUCCCUAUUAGUAAAAUUUCUGUUCUAUUCUUAAAUUCAACUCUUAACACGCAAUACGUUAAAUUAUCUUAUACUAAAGAAGUUAAGCUAGAUUAAUAAAAUAUAAACUUUUUAGAUUUUAAUCUUAAUUAAAUUAACAUUGAUCCUACUUAUUAUAAUAUUAGUAUUUUUCCUGUAAUAGAAAUAGUCUCAAAUGAGACUCGAGAUAUCAAUUAUGAAUUAAAAAUUGAAAUUAAUAAGCAACUCUCACAAAACCCAAUUUUGGAUGUUAAGGUCGAUCUUAUUUUAUUUGAUGAAAACGAUUUACCAGUACCACCAUCAUCAUCAUAAAUUGUAUUAACCGCCCCUUUAGUUUUAAAUCAAGCAUAAGUAGAAGUUUCUCAGAAUUUCUAAAAACUUGGUUACAAUAUUAUGCUUGCAUUAGGAAGUUUCGCUAUUUUUGCAUUCCUUCUUGGUUCUCCCUAAUAAUUUUUAGAAAUCUUAGAUACAUUAUAAUUUUACUCAUAUUUGAAGUUUAUAAAUGUAGAAUAUCCAGAAAAUCUUUAGAUUUAUUUUUAGUCUUCUGAAUUGAUAUCUGUGAAUCCAAUUUUAUAAUUUUUGGGAAUUAAAGAUAAUUUUGAAGAUUAGUUAGGGGGUAAUGUAAUUUAGUGUUUUGGAAAGUUUUAUUAGUACAAAAUUAAUGCUGAUUUAAUAACUAAUAUUUAGAGUUAAUUUAUGUAGGUCAUUGUAUUCUUUUCAUUAUUUAUAAUUUUGAAAAUGUAUCUGAAGUUUUGCUUAAAAUUUUGUUUUAUUUAAAAUUUAUUUUCUUUCAUAAUUUAACGAUAGUCAAAAAUAUUAGAAUGGCUUGCAAUAAAACUAUAUUAAAUAAAUUAAUACGCAAAGAAAUAAUUAAAUUUUGACAAUAUAGAGUUUAUCAUAAGUUGUUAUUAUGCUAAUGCUUGGGAUUUAAGUUUCAAGGUUAUAUUGUAUUUAACCUUUAACUAAUAAUAAGGAAUUAGAACUAUUGCUUCUUACGUAGUUUGUUUAAUAUAUUUGAUAUUAGGGAUACUUAUUGUUUUAAGAAAUUUUAGGGGUUAAAAUAAUAAAAUUGAUAUUAAAGAAUUAAGAGAUUAAUAACAUCAAUUAAUUAUUUUAUUAAAAAAGCUUACUUUUGUGUUAAUUUUAAUUGGAAUGCAAGAUUACUCAGUAGCAUAAUCCAUAAUGCUCUCAUUUUCCACCUGUAUGUAUAUAGGGUUUAUAACGAUUAAUAAGUUUACAAAUACUAAAUUAGAGCAAAUUAAUAUUUUGUGCGUCGAGUUUCCUGUAAUAUUAUUUACAUUAAUUAAUUUAUCAUUUUGUAAAGAUUUUUAUAANUAUUUUUAAUAAGAUAGUUAAACAGAAUGUAAAGAAGAUUAUAAAUUUUCACCGAACAAAAGAUAAUGUACUUAAUCCUGCAAUUGCUAAGAUUUAGUUAGCCUAUAAAAUAAUAAAUGUUAUAAUUGUAUGUAAAAUUGCUCGUUAGAAUGUUUAAUGUGUAUUUAAGAAAAAUGCUAUGCUUGUCUUGAGGGAUGGCAGUUAGUUGAUAAUAAAUGUUAGCAAAUAUGUGGAGAUAAUUAAGUUGCAUUAUAUUCUAAUGAAUAAUGUGAUGAUGGUAAUCAGAUUAUUGAAGAUGGAUGUCAUGAAUGUUAAUUUUAAUGCGGAUUAUUUUGUUAAUUUUGCGAUAAGGAUAUAAACUGCCUCAUAUGUGACUUAAAUUUUUAAUUGAUAAACAAUAUAUGUCAACCAAUAUGCGGUGAUAAAAUAGUCAUUAGCGGAUUAGAGGAAUGUGAUGAUGGCAAUGAUAUCUAAUAUGAUGGUUGUUUUGAAUGCUAAUUUUAAUGUAGUUUUGAUUGUAAAGUUUGUGAAUCUGGUAAAUGCUAAGAUAAAUGUAAGGCUGAAGAAGAAUUUCUAAAUGGUUAAUGUAUUACAAAGGUUCAAACUCUUAAUCAAACUAAAGAUAAUGAACCUGAAUCAUAAUAACAAUAAGAAUUAAAAAUUGUAUGUAAGAAUAAUUGCUUAGUUUGCGAUGGAGAUCUUUGUUUAGAAUGUUAACCAGAUUAUAUUUUGGAAUAUAAUAAGUGUCUCUCAUGUGGAAAUGGAAUUAUUAAUUAAGAUGAAGAAUGCGAUGAUGGAAAUAGGAUUAAUUCUGAUGGGUGUUCAAAAUAAUGUAAAAUCGAAGAUGAUUGGAAUUGUAUCGGCUCCUUUUCUUUUAUUAGUUAAUGCUUCCCUAUUAGUAAAAUUUCUGUUCUAUUCUUAAAUUCAACUCUUAACACGCAAUACGUUAAAUUAUCUUAUACUAAAGAAGUUAAGCUAGAUUAAUAAAAUAUAAACUUUUUAGAUUUUAAUCUUAAUUAAAUUAACAUUGAUCCUACUUAUUAUAAUAUUAGUAUUUUUCCUGUAAUAGAAAUAGUCUCAAAUGAGACUCGAGAUAUCAAUUAUGAAUUAAAAAUUGAAAUUAAUAAGCAACUCUCACAAAACCCAAUUUUGGAUGUUAAGGUCGAUCUUAUUUUAUUUGAUGAAAACGAUUUACCAGUACCACCAUCAUCAUCAUAAAUUGUAUUAACCGCCCCUUUAGUUUUAAAUCAAGCAUAAGUAGAAGUUUCUCAGAAUUUCUAAAAACUUGGUUACAAUAUUAUGCUUGCAUUAGGAAGUUUCGCUAUUUUUGCAUUCCUUCUUGGUUCUCCGUAAUAAUUUUUAGAAAUCUUAGAUACAUUAUAAUUUUACUCAUAUUUGAAGUUUAUAAAUGUAGAAUAUCCAGAAAAUCUUUAGAUUUAUUUUUAGUCUUCUGAAUUGAUAUCUGUGAAUCCAAUUUUAUAAUUUUUGGGAAUUAAAGAUAAUUUUGAAGAUUAGUUAGGGGGUAAUGUAAUUUAGUGUUUUGGAAAGUUUUAUUAGUACAAAAUUAAUGCUGAUUUAAUAACUAAUAUUUAGAGUUAAUUUAUGUAGGUCAUUGUAUUCUUUUCAUUAUUUAUAAUUUUGAAAAUGUAUCUGAAGUUUUGCUUAAAAUUUUGUUAUAUUUAAAAUUUAUUUUCUUUCAUAAUUUAACGAUAGUCAAAAAUAUUAGAAUGGCUUGCAAUAAAACUAUAUUAAAUAAAUAAAUACGCAAAGAAAUAAUUAAAUUUUGAUAAUAUAGAGUUUAUCAUAAGUUGUUAUUAUGCUAAUGCUUGGGAUUUAAGUUUCAAGGUUAUAUUGUAUUUAACCUUUAACUAAUAAUAAGGAAUUAGAACUAUUGCUUCUUACGUAGUUUGUUUAAUAUAUUUGAUAUUAGGGAUACUUAUUGUUUUGAGAAAUUUUAGGGGUUAAAAUAAUAAAAUUGAUAUUAAAGAAUUAAGAGAUUAAUAACAUCAAUUAAUUAUUUUAUUAAAAAAGCUUACUUUCGUGUUAAUUUUAAUUGGAAUGCAAGAUUACUCCGUAGCAUAAUCCAUAAUGCUCUCAUUUUCCACCUGUAUGUAUAUAGGGUUUAUAACGAUUAAUAAGUUUACAAAUACUAAAUUAGAGCAGAUUAAUAUUUUGUGCGUCGAGUUUCCUGUAAUAUUAUUUACAUUAAUUAAUUUAUCAUUUUGUAAAGAUUUUUAUAAUCUCUUUACUCCUGAUUAAAUAAUUACAAUUGCCUUUUUAUAAAUAGGUUGUUUAAUGUUGGGAUUCUUAGGUCCUUUAUUUAAUUGUGUUUAUCAGUUUUAUAAUAAACUUAAAUUGCUUUAUUUUAAAAUAAGACCAAAUCAAGUCAUAAUCUAGUUAUCUGUUAAGAAUAUUUUGCAAGAUGUAAAACCUUGA